AUGCGUGCAGUGCGUGGACUGCGCCCAGCAAUGGCACAGCGUAUGCCGGCCGUGCGGCCGCAGGUGGCGGGCGCGAUGCGUGCAGCGUCCCUGCUCGCCGCCGCGCCGCGCCGCGCGGUACGCGUUCCGAUGGCAAGCGCCGCCUCGGCACUCAACCUCCGCACCCUCGCGACCGAGGCCGACAGUGCUACCGGCAAUGCCGCGCCGGUCGUGACCGAGGCAGACAUUGCGCGCUUGCUCUGCCAGCGCAAUGUCGGUAUUAGCGCGCACAUUGACAGCGGCAAGACGACGCUCACCGAGCGUGUGUUGUACUACACCGGUCGUAUCAAGGACAUUCACGAAGUACGUGGCCGCGACGAGGUCGGUGCCAAGAUGGACAGCAUGGACCUCGAGCGUGAGAAGGGUAUCACGAUUCAGAGCGCUGCUACCUACUGUAACUGGAAGGCUACGCCGCCGACCGAGCGCAGCAACAUGACCGGCGACGCCGCCGACGUCAGCGAGAUGACGAGCAAGAAGGAGGACUUCCACAUCAACAUCAUCGACACGCCCGGCCACGUUGACUUUACCAUUGAGGUUGAGCGUGCACUGCGUGUGUUGGACGGUGCUGUGCUCGUGCUGUGUGCCGUGUCGGGCGUGCAGUCGCAGACCAUCACGGUCGACCGCCAGAUGCGCCGCUACAACGUGCCCCGCCUGAGCUUCAUCAACAAGAUGGACCGUGCUGGCGCGAACCCCUGGCGCGUGGUCGAGCAGAUCCGCACCAAGCUGCGCAUGCCCGCCGCUGCCGUCCAGGUCCCGAUCGGCUCCGAGGACAACCUCGACGGUCUCGUGGACCUUGUCCGCUGGAAGGCCGUGUACAACGAGGGGACCAAGGGCAACGUCGUGCGCGAGACGGACGACAUCCCCGCCGAGGUGCUCGAGCUGGCACAGGCCAAGCGCCAAGAGCUCAUUGAGCAGCUCUCGGACGUCGACGACGAGAUGGCCGAGAUCUUUAUUGAGGAGCGUGAGCCGACGAUCGAAGAGCUCGCCGCCGCCAUGCGCCGCGCGACCAUCGCGUGCCGCUUCUCGCCGGUGUUCCUCGGUACGGCCAUCAAGAACAAGGGUGUGCAGGCGCUGCUGGACGGUAUGUGUGCCUAUCUCCCCAACCCCAUGGAGGUUCCGGCGAUUGCCAACGACACGCAGCGUGCCAAGCAGAUCGCCGCGCAGGCCACCGAGGAGGGCCAGACCAGCGACGCGGUCGUCGCCUCGGCGCAGACCGGCUCGGAGGUGGCGCUGGUCCCUGCGAGCGAGGCGCCGUUGGUCGGUCUCGCAUUCAAGCUGGAGGAGAGCCGCUUCGGCCAGCUGACUUACAUGCGUGUCUACCAGGGCCAGCUGCGCCGUGGUGGUAUCAUCUACAACUCGCGCACCGGCAAGAAGGUCAAGGUCCCGCGUCUCGUCCGCAUGCACUCGAACGACAUGGAGGACGUCGCGGAGAUCGGCCCGGGUGAGAUUUGCGCCAUGUUCGGUGUGGAAUGCUCGUCGGGCGACACGUUCACUGACGGUAGCACCUCGCUGUCCAUGUCGGCCAUGUUUGUGCCCGAGCCGGUUAUCUCCUUGUCGCUCGCGCCCGAGGGCAAGGACGGCAGCCAGAACUUCUCGCGCGCGCUGAACCGCUUCCAGAAGGAGGACCCGACGUUCCGCGUGCACGUCGACAGCGAGUCGGGCGAGACGAUCAUCUCGGGUAUGGGUGAGCUCCACCUGGAGAUCUACGUCGAGCGUAUGCGCCGCGAGUACAACGUGCCAUGCACUACGGGCAAGCCGCGUGUCGCGUUCCGCGAGACGAUCGCGCAGCCCGCCAAGUUCAACUACACCCACAAGAAGCAGACGGGUGGUGCAGGUCAGUUUGGUCGUGUGAUUGGCUACAUUGAGCCGAUGCGCGUCGACGAGGACACCGGCAAGGACACAGCGUUCGAGAACAGCGUCGUGGGUGGCAACAUUCCCUCGGGCUACAUUCCCGCCUGUGAGAAAGGCUUCAACGACGCCCUGGAGAAGGGCGCGCUCGCGGGCUACCCGGUGUGCGGUGUGCGCUUCGUGCUCGAGGACGGUGCGGCACACAGCGUCGACUCUUCGGAGCUUGCUUUCCGUAUUGCGACCGUGGCUGCUUUCCGCGAGGCGUUCAAGAACGCACAGCCGGUGAUCCUCGAGCCGAAGAUGACCGUCGAGGUCGUGGCUCCGGUCGAGUUCCAGGGCGCGGUGAUCGGCGCCUUGAACCAGCGCAAGGGUACCAUUGAGGACACCGAAGUACGCGAGGACGAGUUUACGAUCACCGCGGAGGUGUCUCUGAACGAUAUGUUUGGCUACUCGAGUCAGCCAGUGCGCGGCCUGACGCAGGGCAAGGGCGAGUUCUCGAUGGAGUACAAGAAGCACGAGCCGGUGAUGCCGAACGUGCAGGCGGAUAUGCAGGCCGCCUACCGCAAGAGCCAGGAGAAGAAGUAG